AUGUAUGCAUCAAGACAUGAAUUUUAUAAUUUGAUGAAAGAAUGGGCUAAAAAAUAUCAAAUUUUGGAAUCAACCAAUAAAUUUAUUAAUCAAGAAAUUGAAUAUGAAAAAAAACUCGGUGAAAUACUUAUGCAAAGAUUUCGAAGUAUUAAUGGUACUAUCAAAGCUAAAAAAAUUCUUUUCAAAAUAAUAAAAUUACAAGAAAAUAUGAAUGUUCGAUUGAUUAAAAUUGAAAAAUGUUUUGAUAAUAGAAUAGCAUUGUUAUCAAUAGAAUUACAACAAGAAGUGAUUAAUCUUUGGCAGAUGAUAUAUCCACAUGAUAUUUAUAAACUAUGUAUACAACAUUUAUGA